AUGGAUGCUGCCACUCUAUCGUCGUUCACCGUAGGGCAAGGGCUCGACGAAGCAGCAACAGGGGGCGCACCGCCGGUCCUGGAAGGAAUAGCGGCGGUGGUGGGGUACUACGUCCUCUUCGGAGACAUGAAGAAGGGCGACGUCUCGACCCAAUCGGAGGAAAAGAAGCGGAAGUUUGAACCAGACACGGCGGGCUCCGGCGACGAACCAUCGACGGCCGCCGCCGUUGCCGGCAAUGGCGAGUGCGACGGCAGGAGUUACCGGGGAGUGAGGAAGCGGCCGUGGGGAAGAUGGUCGGCAGAGAUUAGGGACCGAAUUGGCCGGUGCCGCCGUUGGCUGGGGACCUUCGACAGCGCCGAAGAGGCGGCGCGGGCCUACGACGCCGCCGCGAGGACCCUCAGAGGCUCCAAGGCCCGGACCAACUUCGCCUUACCAUCUUCUUCCUUCGUCCCCUUAGCAACCUCCUUUCCUUCUCCUCCGAGCAGCAGCAGCAGCAGCAGUGGGAACACGAGCAGCUUGGAAAUCGGGAAGAAGUGCAGGAGGUACGCAGAGCCUGGGGAGAAGAAGAUGUGCAGGGCGGUGUCCUCGGUGGCCCAUCUCUUCGGCUCUCCCUCUGACGAGGAUUCUCCCCCGGGGAAGAGAGAGAAUCCCUUCGAUCUCGACCCGGAUGUGUAUUCCGGUUUUUGA